CUUGCAACUAGUUUUACCGGAAUAGACCUCCAGCCUCGUAUAUGCCGGAUGCAGAACGACAUGCCUUCCUACUACCUGAUUGGGCCUCUUCGUUUUGCUCAGGAUAUGUUUGUUUUCUCCAUUUGCCUUUGGCACGCUGAUUUCCUAACCGGCCUGAUCCCCACUGACCAGGCUCUCCCUGCAGCCGGUCAUUCGGGCUUUUAUUUUGCCUAUAACAUGAUGGGCACUAUUGUAACCAGUCCACCGUUUGGUGAUUUGGUACAUGCUGACUUUCCAGCUGAACGCUCUAGCGUCAUUAUACGGUGA